AUGUCCUCCGCUCUCCCUUCGAGGCUACUUAGCCAUACCAAUGGGAACUUCUUCGUCUUCGAUCCUCGCCCUAAUAAGGCAGAUCACUUCGAGAUACUUUCCUACAGAUGGGGUGACGAGGGCCCAAGAUACGAUCACCAGAUAGCUGGUGUGAACUGGCAAGUCCCAGUAGCUGAGAAGAAGUUGGACGACAUCAAAAGGCUCAUGCAGACCUCCGGUGUGCAAUACAUGUGGGUCGACUGCGUCUGUAUCAAUCAAGACGAUGAAGACGAGAAGGCUGUUGAGGUCGCCAAGAUGUACCAAUACUACAAGAACGCCAGCAGGUGCCACAUCCUGCUCGAAAUGGCCGAGCUCUGGGAUCCACAGAAGAUCGUCGACGACCUGAAGUUUGUCGAUCAUAUUCUCUUUCACAUGGGCGGAGCAGCGCUCGCGACGGAAGCAAAACUAACCGAAAACAUGACAAAACGCCUCGCCGAGUGGGCGGAUCGCGAUUGGACUUUUCGAUUGAAUAAAUCAAUGGUGAGGUCUGCUGCAAUCGAACUGGGCCUUCUCAACUGCUAUUCAACAUGCAUUAGCCACGUCAGGUCUCUGUUCGAUGAUCUAUAUUUCUCCAGAGUGUGGACAUUCCAGGAAAUGCUACUCGGCAAGAAUAUCACCAUGUGGGGAAUGAGCCAGCAGAGCAUAGCUUUCAUAGGGGAGCUCAAUACUUGGAUGGAUUUGGCUACAGACGCCACGGACAAGGCGGACAAGCUACAGACUUGGAUAGAGCAACCCAGAGUGGUGACGACUGCAGCAAUGGAGGCAGUGCUUAUGGUGAUAGAGGAGGACAAACGCUCGCUCGACUGGCUUCUGACGCAGGUUCAAGGAAUCAGCUCGGCAAGGACGGAUAUCAUCAACGGAGGUCCUUAUUGGUGGCACGAUAACCACCGUGGAGUAAGCAACGUUUUCUCGGCCAUUUCCAUGCGACCUCGGACUUGCAGGGAUACCCAGGAUAUCUUUAGAGGGCUCCUAGGUGUUUUCAGCGGGCUCUUUACGCCAGAAGAGAUCAAUACCGAUAUGUCUGGCGACGAAAUUGACAAGUUAUCGUUCAAUUUCUUCAAGCAACUGUCCAUCAAGACGGAGCGCGCGUGGACAAGGCUAGCUAUCAGUAGUGGAGAUCGAGGAUCAUGGGACUGGAUACCAGUGACUGCAACCCAAUCCAACCUUCUGACCACGGACUGUUUCGCCGGGGUUGUCAACCUAGGGCGCUUGAAGCAAAAGGGCUGGGCAAAGACGCAGGCCGUCACAGGUAUCAUUGGAGCUCCUCGGAAAUACAUGAAGAUUACACUCGUUCAGGGAAACGGAGAGUUUCGGUUUGUCUUCAGAGGUUGCAACGCUGGGAAGUCUGUCAAGACUAGGCUGUUCAGCAGCGAGCCGAUACCUGUCAAUGAUCAACCGCGGGAGGUAGCCAGAGACGAGACCGGUCGGACAUUAGUGCAAUGUGCCACGCUACUAGGAAGUAUCAUUGAUCCCGGGAGUGAUCUCGUCGAAUAUCGGAGGAGGCUGUUACGCAAACUCCAGCCGAUUUGGCACGUCAGCGACCCGAAUGCAAAGCUCCCGGGUUGGAUUGACAGAAACGUAAGCGGCACUCCAUGGGAGAAUCCACAUCCAUUACUACUCAGGACCCACAACAGGUCCAUGAACUACAGAAUGGUGGACGUAUUCCGUUGCGGAUCUCGUUUACACAAGGGAAGUACUGAGAAGAUUACUUGCGAAGUCCGCAUAAACUGCGGAUGCACGAUAAUCGCUCCCUUUUCGUUGAUCUUCGAAGCUCUAACUGCGGUAGAGGGCAGCUCGCUCGGCGGCAAGAUCGGUGUCCUAGAUGAAGAUGACAGGAUCAUCCUGAAUGACGGGUUAGGAUUAGUUCAAGCUGGUGAUGUCGGAAAGUCCUUCAAUCUGGUAGCUUUUGGAGGUGACAUAGACUCUCACAAGUCUUAUGCCACCGCCUGCAGGACCACCAAAAAGGACAAACAAGUAAUCCCCAAGCAACCAUGGCCAAGCGGCAGAGCUCUCAUAAGAGAGGACUUCAGCCACGACCUUACCGAUAUGAUGAGGGAUUAUGGGUAUGUGAGAACCGGCGGCUCUGGGAACUUGCUCAUCUGCAGAAACCAUCCCAUGGAUCAGUAUAAGAUCAUAGGGGUAUGUAUGGACGAGGACAUCCUGAACAAGAAGGGGGAACAGAACGUGAACAUACGGUGA